AUGGAGUUUAUGCUUAUUGCUCUUGGUUUGUUCUUAUCCUACGCUCUUACUCGAGCCACACUCUCAAUUUUUGGAGUCGGCAAACCCAAGAACCUACCACCAGGCCCAGCCCCGCUGCCGAUCAUCGGAAACCUCCACUUGCUCGGCAACCAACCACACCAGUCUCUAGCCAAGCUAGCAGCUAUACAUGGCCCAAUCAUGUUCUUAAACCUUGGUCGUACCUCCGUACUAGUCAUCUCCACCGCUGCCGCCGCCAAAGAAGUCCUCCAAAAGCAAGACCUUGCUUUCUCCUCCCGCCAUAUCCCCGACGCCCUCACCGCCCACAACCAUUCCACUUACUCCGUGGUCUGGCUCCCUGUCGCCACCCAGUGGCGGAGUCUUCGCAGGUUCUUUAACACCAACAUCUUCUCUAGAAACUCCCUUGAUGCUAACCAGCACUUACGCAGACAGAAAGUGCAAGAACUGGUGGCAUACUGCCGGAAAGCUAGCCACUCCGGAGAUUCAGUCAACAUCAGCCGAGCUGCUUUCAGAACCUCACUGAAUCUCCUCUCCAACACAUUCUUCUCCAAGGAUUUAACAGACCCGUAUGAGGAUUCUGGUAAAGAGUUUAAGGAGCUGGUUGGAAACAUGAUGGAGGAGGCCGGGAAGCCAAAUCUUGUGGACUUUUUUCCGGUGUUAAGGAAGAUCGAUCCACAAGGGAUCAGGAGGAGAUUGACUCGUUAUAUUGGGAAGGCUUUUGAGGUUUUUGAGGAGUUGAUUGAAGAUAGGUUGGGGAAUAGAUCGAAUCAGGAUGAUGUAUUAAACGAGUGUUUGAAAUUCAGUGAAGAGAAUCCAGAUCAGAUGAAUCGAACACACAUCAAGAGCUUGCUUUUGGUACCUAUUUAUUUAUUUUUCUUAGUAUUUCAGACUUGGUUUCAACUUUCAACUACCCAGAAGUUAAAUUGGUCUUUAAGUCUAAAAGGCUAA